UUGAACCAGUUCAGAAUAUGAGUGUGUUUUCUUAGGAUUGGAUUCCGGUGCCAGGGAAAGGUUCCCUGACUCUCCGUGUUCCUCUUCACCCAAGGACAAAGAGGAGGUGGUUGUAAGUGCCAUGACUGUCUCAUACCCUAAACCCUCCACCUCAACCCAGGCAGCAUGGGCAGCUCCUGCCCAGACUCUGGAAGAAGAGGUGGGGGGGGCUGAGGUCUCCAAGAUGAGUGACAGCUCCCUGAUGCCCACCAAGAACAGGCAGGACCCCCUGGAGAAGAUUCCCUCCCUCCUACCAGGCAACGAGCACAUCCUCCUUUGCAGCACUCCCUGGGCCACCGUCAUGAGCCCCCAGACUCUGAAGUUUAUUCUCCAGGGCAUCAUGUGCCGACUGGAGGCCUCAGAGUCCCCCCAGACAAGGAGGGCCAAUGACCCCUUCAGGUUGAUGAAGGAUCUCUUUGUGGAGGUCCAGCAUGCCCUGAAGUAUGCUGACAUCUCUGUCGUCUUUGGCCUGGAGGAGAGCAUCCAAUUCAGUGGUGAGGAUGCGGUGAAAGCCAUCGUGAAGACUGCGGCUAAAAGAUUGUCCCUGCGUUCGGACUCCAACCGGGCUCAACUGCGUGCCGCAUGCUCUGGUAGCGAGGCAGCCAUCAAGUGCAUGGCGGACACCAUCACACAAGUCAUAGAGGACUGGAGUUUCGAAGGCCAUUUUGGAGCCAGGAGGAGCCGUGGUAGUGGGAGGUCAUACUCCUCAACCUCCUCAAGGAGUGACGUCACCCUCACCGAGGAGCUCCUGGCUUGGAGGGAAACCCUAGAAGAGGACCUAGAGGAGAUGGCUGAUGACAGCACUGGUUUGGAAAAGACCAGGGUGAGCUCAGCCAUCUCUGAGAAGUCCCAGGUAAUUAGCUACCUUUCUGAAAGCACCAAGCCCAUCAGCAGCGCCCUCUCCACAGACCUCGAGGACAUCACCUCCACACAGGUGAGACGGCCAAGAACCAGUAGAUCGUUUUGUUAUUUGGGCUGUUUGAUUGUGAGGCAUCGACUCAUAUCUGUUUCUCUCUCUACUAAGAAGAAAGAAGCUAUGAAGAAAGAAGUGAGGAAGUCAGGAAAGAAGAAGCGAGGAAAUAACAAGAACCAGAAGAAGAACAAGGUGUCUCCUCUUGGCAAUGAUAGUACUGUGGCUGCAGAUGAGCCUAAGAAAAAACAGGCUCUCCUCCCGCGGAUCACAGCCGCCCUGGCAAAACUAUUUUGCUUCCCCUUCAAAAAAAAAUGCAAAGAGUAACUGUACAGAAGACGAGUUUGGGAAAAACCUGCUGCCACCUCCCCCAACCCACCUUCUAAAUAAACUCUCAAAGCCAACAGAAGAGGGAGGGAGACAACCCCCCCUACUCACAACUCAUUUUAUUA